CCAAACCAUGUGCAACAUGUUGCGGCCCAUCUUCCUCUUCCUCCGCAGCAUCCUGCCCGCCGCCGUGGCCCGGCUCCCAGUUUUGAAGAACUAUCUACCAGAGACUCCGCGGAAGCCAGUGGCUCCCAGACUACGGCGAGGCCUGCAGUGCAUAGCCCCGUUAAUGGCCACCGUGGAGGAGACCCCCGAGCCCAUCCCCACCAGGAUCAAAGGCCACAUUCCCAAGUGGCUCAGUGGCCGUUUGGUUCGGACGGGUCCUGGGAAAUUCGAGUUUGGGAAGGAAAAGUAUAACCACUGGUUUGACGGAAUGGCCCUGCUCCACCAGUUCAAGCUGGAAAAUGGCACCGUGACCUACAAGAGCAAGUUUCUACAGAGCGACACUUACUUGGCCAACAGCUCCCAUGGACGCAUCAUGGUCUCCGAAUUUGGAACCCUGGCCCUCCCAGACCCAUGCAAGAGUCUUUUCGAGCGAUUCAUGUCCAAGUUCGAGACCCUUAAGAUAACCGACAAUACCAGCGUCAACUACGUUCAGUACCAGGGGGACUAUUACGUCAGCACUGAGACCAACUUCAUCAGCAAAGUGGAUCUAGAAACCCUGGAAAGGACUAAAAAGGUGGAUUGGAGCAAGGUCAUAGCCGUGAACGGUGCCACCGCCCACCCUCACUACGACCCUGAUGGAACAGCAUACAACAUGGGUAACUCCUAUGGGCCACACGGCUCCUGUUACAACGUUAUUCAGAUUCCCCCGCAGAGAGAGGGUGGCCUGGGGGAGCUAGCUGGAGCCCGGGUGAUCUGCUCCAUCUAUCCUGCCGAAAAGAUGAAACCGUCCUAUUACCACAGCUUUGGAAUGACCAAAAACUACAUCAUUUUCAUCGAACAGCCAGUAAAGAUAGACUUGUGGAAAAUGGUCACUUCCAAACUGCGGGGGAAAGCCUUCAUGGACGGGAUCAGCUGGCAGCCUCAGUAUGAUACCCGCUUUCAUGUGGUGGAUAAGCACACAGGGCAGAUUCUUCCGGGAAAGUUCUUCAGCAAACCUUUUCUUGCCUUUCAUCAAAUCAAUGCCUUUGAGGACCAAGGCUGCGUGGUCAUUGAUCUGUGUUGUCAGGAUGAUGGGGAAACCCUGGGGAUUUAUCAGCUCCAGAAUCUGCGGAAAUCCGGGGAGGGGCUUGACGAGGUGUACAACUCAACAGCUCGGACCUUCCCUCGGCGGUUCGUCCUGCCCCUGGAUACCCAUUUGGAUGCCCCCACGGGGGAGAACCUGAGCCCUCUGACCUACUCGACUGCCAAGGCUGUUAGAGGGGAGGGUGGGAAGAUCUGGUGCUCUCCUGAAAACCUUCACCAUGAGGACCUGGAGGAGGAGGGGGGCCUGGAAUUCCCCCAGAUCAACUAUUCCCGCUGUAAUAGCCAGCGGUACCGCUUCUUCUAUGGCUGUGGCUUUCGGCACCUUGUCGGAGACUCCCUGAUCAAGGUUGAUGUGGAGACAAAGAAACUGAAGGUGUGGCGAGAGGAUGGGUUUUAUCCCUCAGAACCUGUUUUCGUUCCGGUGCCGGGAGCCAGCGAGGAAGAUGGGGGCGUCAUCCUCUCCGUGGUGGUCACUCCCAACCAGAAUGAAAGUGCCUUUCUGCUGGUGCUGGAUGCCGAGACCUUUGAGGAGCUGGGCCGAGCAGAGGUGCCUGUGCGGAUGCCAUAUGGGUUCCAUGGCAUCUUUGUGCCCAGCUGAUGGGCCGCCGGGGUCUGCGAGGACAAGAGGGGUUGCCUGGGGCAGAGCGGAUGGCUCACUCAACCCCGUGGUCCCUGCAGCAAGGAGCAGAUCAGGACAAACAGGUCAUGUUUUCAGCAUCACUGGUGUUCCGUGGCUUCGAGUAGUCCAUUAAAAUGUGAAACGAACCA